CCCCGGGGCUCCCCAGGUGUUCAUCCGAGUGGUGGCUGCUGGUGCUGGGCGUAGUCUCUGUCCUUACCAAGGAUUUGUUUGGGGUCAGCAUGGUCAUCCCUUUAUUGGGCCUUCAUGCCAGGUCACUUGGAGCAAGUCCUACUGUGGCUGGCAUCAUAGGCUCGUCCUAUGGCAUUUUGCAGCUCUUCUCCAGCACAUUGGUGGGCUGCUGGAGCGAUGUGGUCGGAAGACGCUGCUCCUUGCUGCUGUGCAUCCUGCUCAGUGCCCUGGGCUAUCUCCUGCUUGGAGCCUCCACCAGUGUGUUCCUGUUUGCCCUGGCGCGAGUCCCUGUGGGUAUUUUCAAGCACACCCUCUCCAUCUCUAGGGCUCUGCUGUCUGAUCUGGUGGUGGAAAAGGAGCGGCCUAUGGCGCUGGGCCGGUUCAACACAGCCACGAGCGCAGGCUUCAUCCUGGGCCCCAUGCUAGGCGGGUACCUGGCUGAGCUGGAGGGCGGCUUCCGCCUCACUGCACUCAUCUGCUGCUCUGUCUUCGUGCUCAAUGCUGAAAACUGGGGCCUGGUGGGCCUGGGCUGACACUGGGCAUACAGAGGAGCUGGAAAAGGAUCAGGUCAGGCAGCAGGUGAGUCCCGCCUUGUGUAGUGUACACUGUACUGUGCUUUCCUCAUUCAGCCUCACCAUCUUUUCCUCCCUGAUGAUUGCACCCUUUCUCCUCUGCCCUUUCACUCCAUCAGCUGCUCCUGUCCUGGCUCUGAUCUGCUCUGUGCCUUGAGAAAGUCUUUUCCUGUCUUCCUUCCAUGACUUCUGUCUGGAUAGAAACUGAGACCCUGGGCUGUUGUCAACUCAGGUUCAAGACUCCCCACUUCCCUGCUGCUUGCUGGUAUGUGCCUCGGUUAAGCUCCCUCUGUCUCCCAUGUUAUCAUCUGUAAUAUGGGAUGGCAAAGCUCACAGCCUUGUCCUGGGGACUAGAAGAGGUUCUGCAGGGAAGCAGUUCCUCCUCAUACCUUGCAUGUGGUGAGCACAUAGUAGAUGUCAGCAGUGGUCAUCAUUAUUGUUAGAAUUAUUUAAAUUCCAUCCUUACUGUUAGUCCCUUGGUGAUAGUUCUUUCAAGUUUUUUAUUAACAUUCUCUGAAGUGUCCAAGGGCCCCUUUAAAGAUAUAAAUAGAUGAAAAGUCCCCAUCCAUGUGCUCAUGUAGUUGGUUUUCUGUUGUAAACAUGUCCUGUCUGAAGCACUUACUCUGUAUUUUUUUUAAAAAGCCACACACACAGGCAACAUGAAAUGGCCCUGAGUUCAGCCACUGGUCCAUACUGAGCUUUUGAGUCUGAAAGAGUGAGAAACCAGGAGGGAGGUGUUGGAAAGAUGUCAUAGAAUUGCAAGGAGGAGUUCAGAUUUAAGAAAGUUUUAGAGCAUGCAUUGGCAAGAAGUUUUUCUACUUUGAUGGCACAGAAUAAAUAAAACAGCAGAGGCAGGAGCACGCCAGUUAUGAGAAUAGGAGGAAGACUGAACGGUAGGCAGAGCAGCUGCUCUAAAGCUGUGUCAUGGUUUAUGAUGAUGGCACCCCUGAGGUUUUACAUGUAUGACUUGAUAAACAUACAGUAGCCCUGCUAGAAGAGGAUCCAGUAGACGCGUCCUGAGAGUCAUUACUGUCGAGCUGUCUCUGCUGCCUGCCAAGCCAAGGUCUGUUGUUGCCAAAGCCCACAGCUCUUGUUUCUCCCCCAGCUUGGCCUCCCGUUGGACCCCGUUGGCCUACUUACUUUGUCUGAGCCUCCUUAGGUUAAGUUCCUUAAGGACAAGAUGUUGGUGUUGGCCGCCUUGUCUUUCCUGUCAUUGGAUUCCU